ACAGGACGACACGUUCCGUUUUUAUGACAUUUUUCGUUUGAAUGAAGUCUCUUCUUAGCAAAAAUCCAAUUUAGGCGGACAGUGUCGUCCCUGAUUAGCCUGUGCGGACUGCACAUGCUAAUCUGGGACGACACUUUACGUACAUGCCAAGUUUUCUCAAAACAAUGCUUAUAUGUACUAAUUUUAAUGUUUUCGCAGCUUCUUAAAAUCUAUUUUAGCUGUUCUUUUAUAAAAUUUGCUGUUGCUUGAUCAUACCGUGUAUAUGAACGGAAUUAUUUCUUGUUCACAAUGAGGUUUAUGAUACAUAGCAUACACACCUGAUUUAAUUUCUGUUAAAUUGUAUACAGUCAUCUUAAUAAAUCGACUUAUUUCUAUAUGUGCCUUUCUGUCACAUAUUCAAACAAUAACAAAACCGUGUAAGCAAGAGUGCAAAAUAUCGCUACCGGCUUUUACAUAUACUGAAAACACCUAUUCGUUUAGGAGUUAUCAUCAAAUGAAAAAAAGGGUUAUAAGUAACGAAUUAAUUAAUGUUCCACUUGUUCUUGGAGACAUUUGUCAACUCAAAGAUCGCUUACAUAAACAAAAAUGCGUACUGCUCGCUACAAAUUGUAAAGAUUGCAGAGAGGUUAGGGAAAUAGCCACUUAAUCUUUAUGACUACAGUUCGUAUCCCUGUUAGCCAAGCUUGAAACAUACGUAUUGAAAUCCGUUCAAUCUACAUGUGUAUCUAGAUAAGGCAUUAAAUUACUUAAAAACAUGUUACAAUUUGUGAUAAAGUCGCUUAAGUCAAAAGUGAGACAGGAUAAAUUUGGAAGUUACCAGUUGCAUUAGAAGUUUUAGUGGUAAAACUUUUUUUGAGUUACUCGUUUGUAUGAUUCAUAUGUAUUUUGCAGUUGUAACAUUUCAGUUCAAUGCAUUUAUUGAUUUUAUUGUAAUUUUUUAUUACCGAUAUUAAUAUGAUUGGCCGCUUGUAGUUGUGAAAGCAAAUGCAACUCAAUAUUCUAAUGACACUGCAAAUCGACGAUGUAGUAGGCCUGAUUGUAAAAUAGAACCGAUCAGACAUGUUCAAGUUAAUAUAUGGAGAUGAUCGAUGUCCAACAAAUGUAAUCAAACCAACGAGGAUAAGCAUUACUUUUUUAAAAUGAUAUAUACCAUGCUAAACUAUUUAUAUGUAUGUUUGUUACACACAACAUAAGAGCCAUGCACACUUGAUUGGUAAAAAUUAAACUAAGGCCAACAUGUAUAUGUCCUUAAACAGUUUGUACAUAAUUAAACAGAUGGCAAAGGGUGGCUACUGGCACGAUGAAUCAGGACAUGAAUAUGUGCUACUUCGCGGCGGGAUUUACAGUCAACAUUCUCAGACUCAGUGGGAAAAUGCUUCAGUGGAGAUGUGCAAUGUGAUGACCUGGCUGGGGUUUGGGUCUCGCAUCAGAAAGGCACGUAGAGACGCCUAUAUGGAGAAUGAUAGGCUGUUAAAUGCACGGUAUCCUGGUGGGUUUAAGAUCAUCACUACGGGUAGCAAAGCAGAGGGGCUGACAAGCUUCUAUGAGAGUGACACGGACAAUAUGUUUGUAAACGAAGAUGUCAUGUGUUUAGAAGACGGAUUGCCUGGUGAUAUGUUACCAAGGGAGACUACUUUGUUUACAUUAAACACCGGUAGCUGCUACCACGGACAUUGUAGGCUAUUACUAAAGCUACGUGGUACAGUUAUUUGCCACAAUCUGCGCGAUGCCCUGUAUGAUGAUGAAACUGGACGCUCCUUUCUGAUCAGUGACUCGUAUAUUUAUGUACUUAAUAGCGCAACACUUGGGCCAGGCGAGGUUCGUCAUUCACGUGCAGGACCAUCACUACCGUCGUCAGAUGGCGCAAACCGCCUAGACAGAGUACCUUCGUUUGUCUGUGACUGCCCAAGCAUACUUCAAAGAUGGGCUGAACGUCGUCGUAAUUGGCCACCACCGGAUAUCGUGCAGAAAGUUGUAUCAUUGAGAGCAUUCGUCACUCCAGUUGGACAUAAAGGGAGUGAAUUCAAAUAUGUCGAGUGGAGAAUAUGCUUUAAUACGGGGGAGAAUAAACUUGUGAGCAGUCUUAAUAACACCCAGGUCUACAUAUAUGUUAUAUUAAAAAUGGUGGUUAAGGAUAUAUUAAAACCAAUAAAAAAGGAAGUUACAUCUUACACCGUAAAAAACUUAGUUUUUUGGCUUGCGGAGAACAAUCAUCAAGAAUGUUUUACUGAAAAGAAUUUGUUUAACUGGCUUUGUGAAGGAUUAAGAGAACUAAGAACUGCUUUAUCAACGACUAACCUUUCAUAUUAUAUGAUACCAGAGAGAAACCUAAUUGACUCAUGUGGCAUGAACGAAAAACAACAGCGAACAUGGGUGGAAAAAAUUGGCGACAUGGUCAACGAAGGUCCAAAAUUAUUACUCAGAUUGCCGAAGAUAAGGCAAUCAAUAGUAUCUCACCCUGUUCCUUUGUUCUGGUACGGCCAGAGAAGAUUAGAGAUUGAACUGUUGGUACUGAAAUGCAUAAACAGACGCGAACAGUGCUUGGUUGUGGAUGGUGUUGUUAAUGAAUCGGAUAGUAUGCAGAACUCGAUACUCAUACGUAUAGUACAGAUCUUGAGAGAAGUCCGUCAGAGGAUGAUUGAGGAAGGAAGUUGCGUGAAUUAUCUGAAUGAGAUUUUUGAAAGGAUGCUAAUGUAAUUUUACUUUUUAAAAUUUACUUAUGCACGUCUAUUAUUAAGUGUAUAUACCUGAACAUUUGAUUGUUAUCUGAGUUGAAUGUAGUUUGGUGCCAUCAUAUAUAUUGGUGGUUAAAAUGUGUGCAUUUUUUUUUAAUAAUUACAUUAGUUGAACACAUAUCCCAAAUUAAAAUAUUCUCAAAUGGACAAAUUUUAUGUAUGUGUAUACUGUCGAUUCUUAUGAAUUAGCUAAUGCCUUAAAUGUAUAUACGCAGAACAACACAUUUUGCUGGCUGGUGAUCUGAAUGCCAGAACAGGACAGUAACCUGAUUUUAUUGAUGUUAACACAAAUUUGCAAAUAUUUCAUGAUUUAGAAGAAAUAUUUUAUAUAAACCCUCGUAUGCGUGAACGUAUAUCAAGUGAUUCCCAUUUAAAUAAUUACGGUCGAAAUUUUUUUAAUCUAUGUAAAGCUUAUGAAUUGUUUAUUUUCAAUGGUCGAUGUGUGGACGAUAAAGAUAAAGAUAGUUAUACAUUCAUUAGCUCCAACGAUUGCAGCGUAAUUGACUAUUUUGUUGGUCGUUCUGAAUAUUUGAUAUUGUACAAGAUCUGUUUGUUGGCCAUGAUUGCUCAUCUGACCAUUUACCUAUUGUAUUAAAAUUAAAGACAAACUCAUAUAAAUCUGAUGCUUCAAACCAAAACCAUGAAAGUAUUAUAACCAUAGCCGACUUUAGUACCGACAAUAUUGCCAUUUAUAAAGACUAUUAACAGUCGUUAAUAGAUGAUAAUGGAAUGUCAUUUACUUUUGAAAACACAAGCAUGCCAAUUGACGAAAUUGUGACAAAACUUGAAGACGUCUUAAUAAAUUGUAAUAAGCACUCAGUAUCCAGGCGAAAACGUUGUUUACAACGGUUUACCAAAUCAACUUGGUUUGACCGGGACUGUAAGAAUGAUAAAACUGAAGUCAAUAGGGCUCUGCGAAAUUUUCGGCGUUAUAAAUUGUCACUAAUUUAAAUAUUUAUAUGUCAAUUAAAACAGCUUAUCGCACUUUGUGUAAUAAGAAACGUUAUGAAUGCAAAGCAAAAGUGAUAAAUACACUUACUAACUCAGUUCGCGAUUAAAAAGCUUUUUGGAUGAACAAAAUAAAGCUGCAAAAAAGAAGAUAAAUAAAACAACUAUAUCUUGUUAACAAUGGUACGACCAUUUUAACACACUUUUUAACAGGCAUACUCAUGAUACAGAUGACACAAUGUUUGAUGUUAAUAUUGUCGGAGAAAAUAUUACUAUUGACGAAUGUCAGGAUGAAUUAUUCAAUUCUUCUAUCUCAGAUAAAGAAAUAUUAGAGCAGUAAAAUGUUUAAACCCUUCUAAAGCCAAUUCUGGUGUUUUACUAGCUAAACAUUUAAUAUACAGCAUUGACAUUAUUCUAUCUUUUGUUAAUAUUAUUUUGAAUACAAAUUUGAGUACACGUUACUUCCCUCAAAAAUGGGCGUGUUCUGUAAUGAUACCGUUACAUAAAAAAGGACCCACAAAUAACCCUGACAAUUACAGGGGUAUAACCUUAUAGAUAUCUUCAGUAAAAUAUAUAUUUAUAUACUAAAAUAUAUAUUUAUAUACUAAACAAAAGAUUAACGUUCUAUGUUGAAGCAUAUGGGCGCAUAACAGAUUCACAAGCCGGUUUUAGAAAAGGGUAUUCAACGAUUGAUAACGCAUGUUCUUUACUCAAUAAUCAACAAAUAUUUGUGUAGAAAAGGUAAAACUUUAUAUGUUGCUUUUGUUGAUUUUAAAAAGGCAUUUGAUUACGUCGACAGGGGGAAAUUAUAUCACAAGCUAUUAAAAAAUAACAUCAGAGAAAAAUUGUUAAAUGCCAUGAAGGGUCUAUAUACAGAAGUGACAUAAUCCACUGUCCUAUGGGUUUAUUGCAAGGUUGUAAUUUAAGCCCGACAUUAUUUUGUCUAUUUAUAAAUGAUUUAUUUGAUUAUCUUAAAAGCAAGCAUAUAAGGGGUAUACCACUAACGCCAUAUGAUAUUGAAAUACGUAUGUUGUUAUUCGCUGAUGAUGUUGCGUUAGCAUCUGAUACUAUUUCUGGACUACAACAACAAUUAAAUUAUUUACAUGAAUUUUGCCUUGAAUAUAAACUAGAAGUUACUGUUAAAAAAACUAAAGUAGUCGUUUUUAAAAACGGGGGAAGGUUAUCCUCAAGGGAAAAUUGGUAUUAUGCCGAUGAAAACUUAGAAUGUGUUAACGGGUUCAAUUAUGUAGUCGUAGAUUUUUCAUCGACUAUGUCAAUGUAUAAAAUGUCAGAAAAUAUGGCUGUUAAAGCAAAACGUGUAAUUCUAUUGCUGAUAUCUUCUUUGUACGAAUAUAUUCCCAUAGGAUAUAACUGUUAUUUCAAGCUAAUUGAUUCCAAGGUAAUGCCUAUCUUAUUCUAUGGUUCAGAGCUUUGGGGACUAAAAUCCUUUGAUGUUGUCGAACGUGUCCAUAUAUAUGCUUGCAAGAGAUUUAUGUCAGCACCAUUACAUACAUGUAAUAUGGCUGUACUUGGCGAUUGUUGAAUAUAUCCUGUAUAUAACAUAAAAGCGUGUCAUUAAAUUCUGGUUGCGUUUGUUAAACAUGCCAAAUACUAGAAAUGUAAAAAAUGUUAUGAAAUGUUAAAAGUGUAUGAUUGUUUAAGUUAUAAAAAUUGGGUCUCAUCACUACGUGAACAUUUAUUUUCUGUAAUAUUUGGGUAUGUCUGGAAUGAACAAGGUGUUGUAAAUGAAAACAUAUUUUUGUUCUAUUUUUUUCAACGCUUGAAAGAUAUAUUUAAACAGUCAUGGUUACACUCUUGCAAUGAUGCUUCAUAAUUGUUAAUUUAUACCGGUUUUAAAAUAGAUUUUGAAUGGGAAAAGUACCUUAACGUCCUUUUGAUUCGAAAAUUUAUAAAUGCAUAUUUCCGUUUCAGACCUUCAUCACAUCAACUUAUGAUUGAACAUGGGCGAUACAUAAAUAUAGAACGAAACGAAAGGUUAUGUCCCUUGUGCAAGACUUAUAUUGAAAACGAAUAUCACUUCUUACUUGUAUGUUCUUUCUAUGAAGAUCUCUGAGAAACGUAUAUUCCUUCCCGGUUUUACAAUCAGCCAACAAUCAACAAAUUUAAUAACACUUUGGCCUCGCGUGAUGACAACAUUAUAAGAAAUAUUGCAAUGUAUAUUUACUAUGCCGUCGAAAGACGUAAAAUGAUGUUGUUAACUGAAACACUUUUUUGCUGUACCACUGUUGAAUUAGAUAAGUGUUCACAUUGAUAUUAUAUCUAUAUGAAUUUUUUCUGUAUGUGUGUAUGUAUAUGCAAGGGCCGGUGGCCGUAUAGCAAAUAAACCUUUUUACUAUUUACUAUACUACAUAUGCAAUCGUGUAUCGUUCUAACGAUAAAACAAUUGCGAAAAUAUUUUGAAAACAAUACUUAUGAUGAAUAUUAGAGCUGCAUAUUGACGAUAUUUUCGUAAAUGCAGACAUGUAUUGGAACCAUGCAUAUUUUCUCUUUUCAAGCAGAAUUAAUAACAAUGUAAAUAUGAUGAAGAUUUUUAUGAAUAUGUAUACAGUAUGUUCGUAAACUUACUUUUUCAAUGUCCGACUUAAGAGGAAUUCGAAAUUAAGCUCUUUUAAAUUAGUACGUCCACUUCAAUGUUGAAUCAUUAUAAACGCACAAUUAGGGGUAUGUUAUGUUAAACAAAUGCUUUUCAUCGUUGGCUUUUGUGUUGAUUUGUUUGUUCGUUGUAAUAUCAAGAAAGUUCACAUUUCAGAAAGUUAGUUAUAGAUGUUGGUUCAUAACGCCACAAAUAAUCACAUAAAGAUACAUAUGUAGGCUAUAAUCACUGUAAGUAGUAGUUCAAUGACACAAACGUGAACAAGAAAUAUCUGACAGUUUAUAUUUAAAACAUGUAAUAUAUACAACUAUGCUAUUCAAUAUUCAUUCAAAUAAACAGAAUAAGAAUCGACUAUUAUUUGAAAUAGUACGUCAGAAACAUAAAACAUUGCCGCUAAUUAGGACAUUUAUUAUGCAUUUCAUGUCUUGUGUGCAUUAGCGACGGUAAUUGAUUCUAUUCUGCACAAUGCUGAUUUCAUGCAAUUAUAUCUGCUCAGUAUUUGCACUAUGCUGCAUUUUACACGAACAUUGACGUCAACUGUUUUCAAUUUAAUAUUAAAAGCCGGAACCAUGGAGUUUUAAACCGAUGUGUACUUAAAUAAUGAAUGAAAACAUAUGUGUUUAAUUAUUCUGCAUGGAAUAAUUUUUCUGCAGAUACGAUCAUGCCUUAUAUUGUUUUACUUGUGUCGCAUUAUGAACCGUUAAAUUUUGUCCUUUUGAUGCUUUUCAUCAAUUUUUUUCUUGUAAUGUCUUAUCAUAAGGUGAAUGAUAGACAGCUAUAAACACUUCCGUAGCAGCAGCUUUGUUUACAUAUUUGAAUAAACGAUUUCUUCAAAUGUACAUUUUAUCCGCAAAUGGCUUCGGCACUGCAUACUGAAACUAGUGAUUUAAAUCUAGCUUAAAUCAAAUCUACUAUAACCAUUAUAGAGUUCAUGUAAAUAUACACUGUGGCAUUAAAUGUUGUAAUGAAUAUUAUGAUUUGUUACUAAGUUAUGUUCUGUUUAUGAAAAUAUUAUUAACGAAAUAAAGAAUACUUAAUGUAA